CGCCGGCGAGCAAUACAAGUCAAACCGGUUAUUGUUGCUGAAGGAGGCAAUUCACGGCCAUCGGGCCGACCUCGCGCGCCCUAACAUCCCCAAGUCCGGUGAUACUGUACUUUCAGCGGAAUCCAGGCCAACUCCGACAUUCGGCCUUGGUAUAAUAAGUAUAGCGAAUCCCUCCCUCUCUCCCUCGCUCUCUCUCUCGUACUACGCAUGCCCAUUUGAUUUCAUGCCCUGUCCACAAAAUGACUCCCGACACCGCAAAGGCCGCCUGCGAGCGUGCAGAGCAAGACUUCAUCGCACGUAACCCCAAAAGCCGCGCCAUCUACCAACAGGCAACCGAGUCGCUCCCCGGCGGCAACACGCGAACCGCAGUCUUCUACCCUCCCUUCCCCGUCUCCAUAGCCAGAGCGGAAGGCGCCAGACUCUACGACGCCGACGGUCAUGAAUUUGUCGAUCUCCUUGGAGAAUUCACAGCCGGAUUGUACGGUCACUCCCCGCAGCCCAUCAUCGACACCAUCCACAAAACGCUGCAGCGCGGCAUCAGCUAUGGCAGCCAGCAUGAAGACGAAGGCAAGCUGGCCGCGCUCGUCAAGCUCCGCUUUCCCAGCAUGGACCUGCUGCGCUUCACCAACUCCGGCACCGAGGCGAAUCUCAUGGCUCUUGCUGCCGCUACCGUCCAUACCGGCAAGAAGAAAGUCCUCGUCUUCGACGGCGCGUACCACGGCGGUGCCUUUACUUUCAAAAACGGCCAGUCCAGCCCUAUUAAUGCGCCCUAUCCCUACCUCAUAGCAAAAUACAACGACGAGGCCUCCGUCUCGCGUCUCCUAUCCGCGCCAGAGAACGCAGGCAACGUAGCAGCCAUCCUCGUAGAGCCCAUGAUCGGCUCCGGCGGCGCCAUCCCAGCACACCGCACCUUCCUGCACUUCCUGCGCAAAGCAGCAACGGACGCCGGCGCCCUGCUCAUCUUCGACGAAGUCAUGACUUCUCGCAUGCAUUCCGGCGGCGGCAUCCAAUCGCAACUCCCUCCCGAGCUUCGUCCCGAUCUCACGGCUUUGGGCAAGUACCUGGGCGGCGGCAUGUCGUUUGGAGCGUUUGGAGGAAAGCGAGCGAUCAUGGAAAUGUUUGAUCCCCGCAAGCCAACGGCGCUCGCUCAUGCGGGGACGUUCAACAAUAAUGUGCUCACAAUGGCUGCUGGGCGCUGUGGACUCGAACAAAUCUUCACGCCGGAGCGAGCGCAGGAGUUACAAGCGACUGGCGAGCGAUUGCUGGCAUCUCUGCGUGAGGCGAGCGGGAACACAUUAAUGAAGAUUACGGGCUACGGCUCGAUUCUAUGCUUCCAUUUCACACGCACGGCCUAUGAGGACAUUCGAGAACCCGGGGAUGUGUACGAUCACGACAAGGACUUGGGCGCGCUGUUUCAUUUGUGGUUGUUGGAGAGGGGCUUCUAUAUUGCGCGCCGCGGAUUCUUUGCCUUGUCUUUGGUGCUGACGCAAGAAGAUCUGGAGGCUUUUGUGCAGGCCGUGAGGGAGUUUGUAAGGAUACAUGCGGCGCAUUUGGGGCUUGAGCGGACGAAUGGAGUCACGAAUGGGCAUUGAUUCCAUAGGUAGCUAAGGUAGUUGAGCGU